GCGGAAGUAAAGUAUCAAGUACUUCGUGAUCGUUGUAGUGCAUGGUACUGCAAUUUAGAACUGCGAUUAGCAGUAACUAUCGAAGUGAUUGUUUAAGUUGUGGGAUUGUAAUUCUGCCAUUGUAGUUGGUGUAUUAUUGUUGUUCGUAUGCGAAGUAUGAUAGAGAUAUUUGUGUAGAGUAUAGUGUAUUAUCCUGAAACUACGGUUACAUCCCCAGUUCACAAAAUAUUUGCCAUUAAAAUGGCGGAUGAAUGUGAUAAAGAGGAGUCUCCUCCAGACGCUUAUGAUGACGAUAAAGAUAAUGAAGAACCAUCCGACGAUGAUGAAGAAGAUUAUCGGCCAAUGCAAAAGUCAAGAGGGAGAGGAAAUUUUAGAAAUCGAGGACGGGGGGCACCUCAUGAUUUUGGACCACCAAGAGGUCCUCCACCAGGACAUGGUCCACCAAGAUUCCGUGGGCGGGGUUAUGGACCAAGGGGACCUCCUUUCAGAGGUCCACCACCACCUCACUUCGGUGGUCCUCGUGGUCCCAGAUUUCGUGGACCACCACCGUUUGAUCCUAACUGGGGACCAAUGCCACCUCCAGGAAUGCAUCCACAUCCACAUAUGAUGGGUCCACCCCCACCAGGAAUGCCACCUCCCCACAUGAUGGGUCAUAUGGGCAUGCCUCCACCUGGUCCAGGACCAUAUGGCCCACCUCCAAUGGGCUGUCCUCCUCCUCAGCAGCAGCCUCCUCCAUUGAAUUCAGCUGGAAGCCCUGGAAACAGCAUGCCACCAGGAAAUUCACCUAAUGUCAAUUUGCCUGGUAUGGAUUUAACAGGGGAAAUUUGGGUAGAAACCAAAGCAAGUGAAGGAAAAUCUUAUUUCUACAAUGCUCGAACUAGAGAGACGACAUGGAGCAAACCAGAAGGUCCUGCAGUGAAAAUAAUUACCCAAGAACAGGUGGAAGUGAUGGCACAAGCUGCAGGAGUUAACUCUGGUGGUCCCAACCAUCCAACACCAGUACAAAUGCCACCACAGGUUCAGCCUGUACCUUCUCAGAAACAAGAUUCUGAGGGAAACAAUACACAACCUCCUGGUGGAGGUGGAAUGCCCAACACAAUGCAGCCGCCUCCUGGCAUGAUGCAAGGACCACCGCCUGGCAUGCCACCCUUUGGUGGCCCCCCUCCACAUUUUGGAGGGCCUCCUCCAUUUGGCAUGCCACCUCCAGGUUUUCCUGGGGGGUAUGGUGGUGGAGGAUAUGGUGGAAUGGCACCUCCUGGUGGUCCAUGGGGCAUGCCUCCUCAGGGAAUGGGAAUGCCACAACAGCAACCACCCCAACAGCAUCAACAGCAACCCCCUCCACAGCAGCAUCCACCACCCCAGCAGCAGCAGCCUCAACAGUCAUCUACAAUUUCUGCACCUCCUAUGACAGCAGGUCAGGUGGCUAAUGCAGCACCAGGCCAACCACAAGAUGACAAUUCACAGAUUGAUCCUGAUAUAGUCGCAAGAGCUGCUGAGUGGACAGAACACAAAGCUCCUGAUGGACGAUCAUAUUACUAUAACGCCAAAGCUGGUGAAUCUGUUUGGGAGAAACCUCAGGCUCUAAAAGAUUUGGAAACUGCAAAGCUUGCUGCUGCGCAAGGUGUCUCAACUGUCCCCAGUGCACCAGCAGCACUGUCUUCUGCAAGUCCUAAGGGUUCAUCAGAUGGUGAGACUGAGCCUUUGAGCCAACCUGCAGUUAAUGAAACUGCCAUAACCAAUGGUGAAACAACUAAAGAGCCUGAAAGUGAUAAUGAAAAGGAUGAAAAGAUGGUGGUUGAAGAGGAAGAGAUGAGGAAGAAGCGUGAAGAGGAAGAAGAGCGAGCUAAAGAAUUGCAGAAGGCACAGGAUAAAUCAAGGCCUGUUUCUAGUACUCCUGUACCAGGCACGCCAUGGUGUGUUGUGUGGACAGGAGAUGGUCGUGUUUUCUUUUACAAUCCAUCAUCACGUACGUCAGUAUGGGAGCGUCCUGAAGAUCUGGUGGGCCGUACAGAUGUGGAUAAGAUGGUGUCCAGCCCGCCUGAUACACCAAAUUCAACACAGACCUCAUCUCUGAGCAAUAAUAAUUCCUCGGGGGUUACAAAGAGGGUAGCAACUAGCAAUGACAGCAGUGAUGAUGAUCAUCCAACACCUUCCAAAAAGAGCAAAAAGGAUGACCAACCAGUCAAAGAGGAACCAAAGGAGCAGCCAAAGCCUGACAAAAAGCAGAUUGAUAUUGGAAAAGAAGCGGCUAUCGAGGCAGAGGUGCGAGCUGCUAGGGAAAGGGCCAUUGUACCACUUGAGAUACGCAUCAAGUCAUUUAAAGAAAUGUUGGCAGAAAAGGAGGUUUCUGCUUUCAGCACAUGGGAGAAGGAACUGCAUAAAAUAGUUUUUGAUCCUAGGUAUCUCCUUUUAACAUCUAAGGAGCGAAAGCAGGUAUUUGAGAAGUAUGUCAAGGAACGGGCUGAGGAGGAGCGCAGAGAGAAGAGAAAUAAAAUGAGAGAACGUAAAGAGGAAUUCAGACGAUUGAUGGAAGAAGCAGGACUCCAUGGGAAAUCAUCCUUUAGUGACUUUGCCCAGAAGCAUGGGAAAGAUGAAAGAUUUAGAAACAUAGAGAAGAUGCGUGAACGUGAGAGUUUAUUUAAUGAAUACUUGCUGGACGUGAGGAAACGGGAGAAAGAGGAGAAGGUGAUGCGGCGUGAACAGGUGAAACGUGACUUCGUUGCUCUCUUGCGAGAACAUGCGGACAUUGAUCGCCAUUCACGCUGGAGCGAUGUGAAGAAGAGGCUUGAUAUGGAUCCUCGCUAUAAAGCAGUAGAAUCAAGUUCUGCACGAGAAGAUUGGUUUCGUGAAUAUGUCAAGGCCUUGAAGGAGGAACGCAAGCGUGAGAAGGAGAGAGAUCGAGAGAAACGUGACAAAGACAAGCGAGAGAUUAAAGAUAAAGCAGAUAAAGAGAGAGACAAGGACAAGGAGAAGGAAAAGGAAAAGGAGAAAGAAAAGGAAGUAGAUGAGAAUGAUGCAACUGAGGAUGAGAAUGUAAACAAUUCUGAUGAUGAACGUGAAAAGGAGCAGAAAGAUAAGGAGAGGCAAGCUCGUAUGGAGGCAAGUUUGCGAGAGAGGGAAAAGGAAGUACAGCGCACACUUGCAACACACCUACGGGAUCGUGACAAGGAACGUGAACAGCAUAAACAUGAUGAGGCUGUGCAACACUUUAAUGCUUUAUUGGCUGAUCUGGUACGUAAUGCAGAGCUGGCAUGGCGUGAAGCCAAGCGACAGCUGCGGAAAGAUCACCGUUGGGAAUUGGCUGAGCUAUUGGACCGUGAAGAGAAGGAGAAACUGUUUAAUCAGCACAUUGAACAGCUGACUAAGAAGAAGAAGGAGAAGUUCAGAGAACUGUUGGAUGAGACAGGGGAAGUAACAUUAACUAGUUCCUGGAAGGAGAUAAAGAAAUUGAUCAAAGAAGAUCCAAGAUACAGCAAAUUCUCAUCUAGUGACAGGAAAUGUGAGCGGGAGUUCAAAGAGUAUAUAAAAGACAAGUUGGUUGCAGCCAAAGCAGAUUUUAGAGAAUUAUUACAGGAGACAAAACUUAUCAACCAUAAGUCACUGAAAUUAGUACAAGAGAAUGAACAACACAUUCGUGAAAUCGAGGACAUUCUGAAGAAAGAUCGUCGUUACUUGGUUCUGGACUAUAUGCCUGACGAAAGGACUAAACUAAUUGUCACAUAUCUAGAAGAUUUGGAUAAGCGAGGCCCGCCCCCACCACCAACUGCCUCAGAACCCACUCGGAGACCUACCAAGUGAGCAUAUUUUAAGCUGCUGAUUGCUAACCUCAUCUUUCAUAUGAAGACAUAUACAAGUGUGGAAAGUGCUUGCUGUACAGGAGAACAAGUUCAAAGUUUGCAUAUGUUAGGGUUAUGCGUGGGGUUUCAUUGCACUGACAGGUAGUAUAUCAGAAAUUUGUACCGCAGAUUCAUUCACAUUAUGGUUUUUAUCUUGAAUACUUCAUGGUCUGAGGGAGCAUUGUUAAUUAAGUAGAUGUACAUUGCAAUGUGAUGCACUAUUAAACAGAACUGGGUCUGAUAUAUGCUCUACCCAGCUUUAUUGUUAACCCCUUUUAUGGCAGCAUUGUAUCUCCAUUAUCCCAUUACCAGUCCUGAUCAUUCAAAACAUUUUGUGUAUAUAGAUACACAAUGGUGACAUGUCUUGGCUUUGUAGUGUUUCUUCUUUCAUCCUGUAUGAUGCAGUAUGUGUUAUAAUAUAAAAAUGCAUUUCAAAUUUGCCAUUGAAGGGGUUAGGACCACACAGUUUCAUUGGUAAAUUGAUAUAUUUUAAAAUACACUCAUAACACUAUAGUUCACAUUGUCUCAGUAUAUUAGAAGUUAUAUAUAAAAGUGUGCCACACAUUGUGAGUGUUACACUUCAUGACUAAGGAAGGCAGGAAACACACGCAUAAAACAACCCAGCCCCUGUUCAUUAACACACUGAUUCUGUUACAUUUAUAUGUCCUCUUUUGUUUUAUCACAUAUAAUAAUAAUUGAAACAGGAAAAUGUAUGCAGUAGUACCAUGUGUAAUUGACAUUAAAUUUUAGCAUGAUAGAGGUAAAACACCUCAUACAUUAUGAAAUGGCUUUGUGUUUUCAUCCAGUGACUGGUGACCAUCUGAAAGGCUGUUUAUUGUUUUUUUGGGUUUUUUUUUUUUGGUUUGUUUGUUUUUUAAUUCCACGUCAUUUAUAAGGAAAAUGUAUCACCACUGCAUUUAUAAGAUUAUAAUAAAUUCCUUGUAGAGUGAACCAGUUUUUUAAAUUACUUUAGAAAUAGAGCUGCAUUAGGUUAUAUUGUAUUCUUGGAAAAGUGAAAACAUUUUAGAUUGGGUAUGUUAGAUUUGGUGCACAUGUGGAAGUUGCAGCAUCAUUUAUAUGGGAUUAUGACAUAAUAUUAUUAGCAUGUGUUUGUAGUUGGUAUCUCAGGAUAUUUGGAAGAAUUAAAUGAGAAAAUCUCAUUUGAUAAUAUAAGGUUAGUAUUGUUUGUGAAUGGAGAUGGUACAAGGUUUUGAAAGUGUUGUUAGGAGUGCUUACUGAGAAUUAAAAAUUGUUAUAAAACAUUUAAUCUCAGAUUUAUUUAAGCAAAUUUUCAGUAAUGUUUGAUGCGGUGAAACAUGAAUUUUGGGUGUGAAAUCUUGUUUUUACACGUAGUUAACUUCAGUGUGCAGAAUUCAAUUAAAAUGAAACGUGUUAUAUCACAUACAAGAAUACUAAGUUGUAAACUGAAAACCAACAUUCCAGGGGACGGGAUGUUUAAAUAUUUUAAGAACUUAUAAUUUGUUCACAGUCAUUAACCUGAAAGUAUGCCAGGGUUAGUAUUGGUAUAUUUGGGGUGCACAGGAGUUUUAAAAUUACACAUGAGAGAAAUAUUUGCUCUUGUAUCAUGUAGAGACAAAACAUAUGAGUGUUUUACACAUAGGUUUUAUAAUUACUUCAUCACUGCAUCACAUUUGAAAAUGUUUAUAAAUCCAGUAGUUGCAAGUGAUAACAGUUUUCAUAAUUUUUGCCCUUUACACAGUGUUUUGGGUCUAUAGUACAUGUCCAAGCAUGUAUUGGCAAUCAAAUAUGUAAAUAUGUAUGUUCAGGGAUAUGCUGAUACCAAAUUUUGAGAUUCAAAAUAAAGUAAUUGCUUUGAA